GUCAAUUAUACAAUCCUCGUCGUCCUACAGCCCCUUUCUCUACUUUUCGUCUUCUGCCUACGUGCGGGGUUGUUUUCGCGUGACGCUGGCUGAACCCCGCUAUCACCACUAUCGCCCACACACGCCAACGCCGCCAUAAUGAGUUUCGCAAAUAUGUUCAAUAAGCUCUCGGGGCAGCCCGAAAGCUACGAGAAAAAAUCCUUGUAUCGAUUCGGGAGGACUCUGGGUGCUGGAACAUAUGGUAUUGUCCGCGAGGCAGACUGCUCGGAGGGCAAAGUUGCAGUCAAGAUUAUCCUGAAGCGCAAUGUUCGCGGCAACGAACGCAUGGUCUAUGAUGAACUGGACCUGCUGCAAAAGCUGAACCACCCUCACAUUGUUCAUUUCGUUGAUUGGUUCGAGUCCAAGGACAAAUUCUACAUUGUCACUCAGUUAGCUACUGGCGGCGAAUUGUUCGAUAGGAUCUGCGAGUACGGCAAGUUCACAGAAAAGGAUGCGUCGCAAACCAUCCGCCAAGUUCUCGAGGCUGUCAACUACCUGCAUCAACGGAACAUCGUCCACCGAGACCUGAAACCAGAGAACCUCCUCUACCUUACCCCCGACCUAGACUCACAGCUAGUGCUUGCGGAUUUUGGGAUUGCAAAGAUGUUGGAUAACCCAGCUGAAGUUCUGACUAGCAUGGCUGGGUCUUUCGGCUAUGCCGCGCCUGAAGUUAUGCUUAAGCAAGGCCACGGCAAGGCCGUCGACGUCUGGUCUCUCGGAGUCAUCACCUACACCCUCCUUUGUGGCUACUCUCCCUUCCGAUCCGAGAACAUGACCGAUCUUAUUGAAGAAUGCCGUUCUGGACGAGUAAUCUUCCACGAGCGCUACUGGAAGGAUGUCUCGAAGGACGCCAAGGACUUUAUCCUCAGCCUGCUCCAGGUGGACCCAUCGCAACGACCCGCGUCCGAGGAAGCCCUCAAGCACCCAUGGCUGAAGGGAGAAUCUGCCAGCGACCGCGACUUGCUUCCCGAAAUCCGUGCGUACAUUGCGCGUUCUCGCCUUAAGAGGGGUAUCGAGAUCAUCAAACUUGCAAACCGUAUCGAAGCGCUCAAGACGCAAGAAGAGGACGACGAUAUCCCCAGCCCCAUCGACGUACAGUCUUCUUCAGGCGCACCACCUUUCCCAGGUACCUCAGCGGGAAACAAAAGCGAACCUUCAGGCGGCGAGGACGAAUCAGGUGGCCCUAAGAAGCGCAGCCUAGGCAAUAUUGCACGGGGCGCUAUUUUCCGCGAAGUCGUUCUCGCUAAAGUCCGGGAGAUGAAGGAGAACGAAGAGCGAGAGAAGGUCGAGCGCGAGGCUCGUGAGCGGGCUCAUUCAUAGUGGAAGUGGAGCAUACGUACAUUGGGUGGCAUUGAUUGGGUAUAGUUUUCGUUUUUUACCAAUUUGUUUUAUUUAUUUUGGAGACCUAAAUCAUCAGAUACGUGUUCUGUGAUUUCUGUUCAAGCGAUUCCCCUUUACUUAUUGAAUAACGACGGAUUCUUGCGUGGUUUUCGAUAUCCGAAUACGAUUUGUGAGAUUCUUUAAGCUGCAGUAAUCAUGGUUGUAUCAACGCCCCGUUCUCUAAUCCCACUAUCAAUGCCAAACAACCAAAGAAACACAA